CUAGGCUGGUAUUUUGUAUGGCAUCUUUUCUUAUCUAAAUUCAAGUUUCUGCGGGAACUGGUGGGAGACACAGGAUCCCAGGAGGGAGACCAUGAACCUUCAGGAUCAGAGACGGAAGAAGACAUUUCAUCCUCUCCACACAGGAUCAGAUCUGCUCGCCAGAGGAGGGCACCUGCCGACGAAGGUCACUGACCCCAGACAGCGUCGUUUACUCGCGGAUGAUGAAAGGCCACUGGGAGCCUCUGUCUUUAGUGACUGGAUUUUAAAAUUUGCUAAAAGAGUGAAGAACAUUUGUGUUUGGACCUUAAGUCCAAUUAAAAAAAAAAAAAAGA